AUGGAGGAUCUGCAGACCUUCAAAUAUGAAAAAUGUAGAAACAAUAUAUUUUGCUUCAAUGAAGUGAUAUGGAACAUCACACUGGAGAUCAUCUGCCUGCUGACUGGAGAGGACUGUGCUGUAGUUAUGAAGACAUCUCUUGAGAAUAUUACAGAAGGGAAAAGUCCCCGCUUGUCCACAAGAACGAGACGCAGACCAAAAACCAUCACCGUGCCCCCACCUACCUUCCUGACCCUUAGGAAGACCACCAAGAAGAUCCUAGAAGGUAAGGACCUGAUGGAUAUGAAAGUUGAGGUUAAAGAGGAAGAAGAAGAGAAGUUUGUGAGCGGAGCUCAGCAGUCUAUGGAGGAAGUUGGGAUGAUUCCGAAAAGUAAAGAGGAGGAUUCCACUCUAGACAUCGGCACAGACGGCCGCCAUGUCCGGAAUACCUCGGAGGGAGAUCUUCACUCUGAAGUGAAUCACAUACGUCCAAUGAUACACCACAGAACACAUUGUCUGGAGACAUCAAUGGAUCCCUCUAAUCCUGAGGAAUCUUCUGACCAAUCACAUCACAUGACUUCAGAUAUUGAUCUCGGUUCCCACAGUGAAGAUCCGUCUACAGAUCCAACUAUCCCCGAGGGAUCUUCUCUCAGCCAUGAAGGAGAUCACACAGGAGAGAGGUCAUUGUCAUGUUUGGCGUGCGGGAAAGACUUUAAGAUGAAAUCGGAACUUCUUCUACAUCUCAAAACCCACAACCAUGUGACCUUUUCAUGUUCAGCGUGCGGGAAAUCUUUCACUGAGGAAAGCGAGCUUCUUAAACACCAGAAAUAUCACAAGGGUGAGAAUUCUUACUCCUGUUUAGAGUGCGGGAAACACCUCAGUACAAAAGCAUACCUGGUUAUACAUGAGAGAAUUCACAUGGGUGAGCGUCCUUAUUCAUGUCCAGAGUGCGGGAAAAGUUUCACUGUUAAAACAAGCCUUCUUAGACACCAGAGAAUUCACACAGGUGAGCGUCCUUAUGCAUGUUCAGAGUGCGGGAAAAGUUUUACUAACAAAAGAUCUCUUCUUACACACCAGAUAAUUCACACAGGUAAGCGUCCGCAUUCAUGUGCAGAAUGUGGGAACAGUUUUAAUGACAAAAGAGCUCUUCUUAGUCACCAGAGAAUUCACACAGGUGAGCGUCCCUAUUCAUGUGCAGAAUGUGGGAAAAGUUUCAGUGCUAAAACAAGCCUUCGUAGACACCAGAGAAUUCACACAGGUGAGCGUCCUUAUGCAUGUUCAGAGUGCAGGAAACGUUUUACUGACAAAAGAGCUCUUCUUAGUCACCAGAGAAUUCACACAGGUGAGCGUCCAUAUUCAUGUUUAGAGUGUGGGAAAGGUUUCGCUAAAAAAGGAUCCCUUUUUACACACCAAAGAACUCACACAUGUGAACACCCUUAUGCAUGUUCUGAAUGUGGGAAAAGAUUUUGUCAGAAGAAACAUGUUCUGAGACACCAGAGAAUUCACACAGGUGAGCGUCCGUAUUCAUGUUUAGAGUGCGGGAAACGUUAUAUUGACAAAGGAUCCCUUCUUAGGCACCAAAGAACUCACACAGGUGAGCGUCCGUAUUCAUGUUUAGAGUGUGGGAAAGGUCUCGCUAAAAAAGAAUCCCAUUUUACACACCAAAGAACUCGCACAGGUGAGCGUCCGUAUGCAUGUUCUGAAUGUGAUAAAAGUUUUUCUAGGAAGGACCAUGUUCGUAGACACCAGAGAAUUCACACAGGUGAGCGUCCGUAUUCAUGUAUAGAGUGCGGGACAUACAUAAGACAGCAAAAAGAUCAGCACCUAGACCGACUAGGUGUAGACCGGGCAAACAGCGGCUCCUCCGGGAGUUAUCGCUACAGUAUGAUGACUCCCGCACCGGAGGCUUCACGCAGGUGA